AUGAAAUAUUUAACAUGUCUUAGAAAAAUAUUGGUAACAAGAAAUGCUAUAAGCCUUCAUAAUAACAGGCUUACGGUUAAACCUUUGCUAUGGCCAAUAUUCUCACGAGGCGCUGGUGACAUUACUAAUCUCCCUUCAUCUUCAGUUUUGUUGCAAAAUGAUGAUAAGGCAAAAGUUGUAUUGCUCGGAACUGUGCAUUUUAGUAAACAGUCCGUGGAGGAUGUGUCCCAGAUAGUAAAGGCUCUGAAUCCAAAUGCAAUUUUGAUAGAGCUCUGUCGCCAAAGAGUAUCACUGUUAGAAUUGGAUGACAAAAAGUUUUUAGAGGAUGCAAAAAAAUUAGAUGCACAGAAAAUAAGACGGGCUGUUAAGGGACAGGGAUUUGUUUCUGGAAUGCUCCAUGCUAUGUUGCUAAAGACAUAUGCUGACAUUGCGAGAGAGCUAGGAGUAGCGCCGGGGGGAGAAUUUAGAAGAGCAUAUCAGGAAAUGAAAAAAAUUCCUGGUUGUAAGCUGUUUUUGGGAGAUCGUCCUAUACAGAUAACAAUAGCAAGAGCCUUUCAGUCGUUAAGUGUAAUAGAGUUAGGUCAAGUUCUAUAUCAUCUUUCGACGGCCAAUCCUAAACCACUAGAUAAAACUCAAUUGGAGAAAUAUAAAGACAAGGACUACGUACAAGCACAGUUUGAAGAAAUUACUAAAGAAGUACCUGCUUUUAAAAAAGUAUUUCAUGUGUUUGUCGAUGAGCGUGAUAGAUGUCUUGCAUUUUCUUUACAAGAGUGUGUUCGUACUGGUUUUUUACAGGUUAAAAUAAUAGAUAAUGCUCAAAAUGAAUGUGGUUGUAACGCCAACCGAGAGAAGAUUAAUCAUUUUGCUAAGGAGGAAAAUUUGAAAAGUUUUUCUUCAAAAGAGCAAUGUCCUCUGGAUAUAAGUCCUCAAAAUACAUUAAAUGUAGAAUUUACACAAGAAAUGAUGUUUAUUCCAGCAAACACCUAUCAAUUUGAUAAAUUUGAAGUAUCAAACAGGGAAUUUAGUGUUUUCACUGAAUCAACUAAUUAUAAGACUGAAGCAGAAACAUUUGGUGAUAGUUUUGUGUUCACACUUUUUCUCAAUAAUACAAUUAAGGAGAAGCUAAAAGAUUUUCGUGUAAUGCAGGCACCUUGGUGGUAUAAAGUUGCUGGUUCAAAUUGGAGACAUCCUCAUGGACCUAAUUCCGAUUUAACUGAUAUAAUGGAUCAUCCAGUUAUCCAUGUAUCUUGGAAUGAUGCAAAAGCGUUUUGUAAGUGGAGAGGAGCUAGACUUCCUACAGAAGCAGAGUGGGAGGCUGCUUGCCGAGGGGGGCAAACUAAUAUAACAUAUCCAUGGGGCGACAAAUUAUUUCCCAAUAAGAAACACAUGGCUAACAUAUGGCAAGGCACAUUUCCAAAUCAUAAUUCUGCGAAGGAUGGCUACAUUGGCACUAAUCCAGUGCAGCUGUUUCCACAGAAUGACUUUGGCCUUUACAAUAUGGCUGGCAAUGUAUGGGAAUGGACUGAAGAUUCUUGGUCCAAUGACAAUCCCAAUGAAAAAGUAAAAAAAGGGGGUUCAUACUUAUGUCACCGGUCUUAUUGCUACCGAUAUAGAUGUUCUGCACGAUCUCACAAUACUGAUGAUAGCUCCGCAGGCAAUUUGGGAUUUCGUUGUGCUAAAUUUGCA